GCGAACACAGGAAAAUUCGAACACGUUACCCGUGUUAUCCAACAGUCGCGAUACCAGACGAAAUGGCAGCCAUGGCUGUUCUGCAGUGCGCCAUGACCUCUCUUUCUCUCUCUUCUUCCGCAUUUCUCGGCCAACGCCUCUCGCCCCCUCUCUCUUCCCAUCUGGUGAAUUUUGCUGAUAAGCCAUGCUUGAUAAUGAAGCUUAAGAGAUGGGAGCGGAAGGAAUGCAAACCAAAUAGUCUUCCUGUAUUGCAUAAGUUGCAUGUGAAGGUGGGGGACACAGUCAAAUUGAUUUCUGGGAAAGAGAAAGGAAAAAUUGGAGAAAUAACUAGAUUAUUCAGGCAUAACAGCACUGUAAUUGUGAAGGAUAUCAAUCUUAAAACAAAGCACAUGAAGAGCAGAGAACAGGGAGAACCUGGGCAGAUUGUCAAGGUUGAAGCACCUAUUCAUAGUUCAAAUGUGAUGUUGUAUUCAAAAGAGCAGAAAGUGGCAAGCAGAGUGGGGCAUAAAAUCCUCGAAGAUGGUACCAGGGUUCGUUAUCUCUUGAAAACUGGCGAAGUCAUAGAUAGUGCCGAGAAUUGGAAGAAGGUGAUAAAAGACAGAAAUAAUGAUAAAAAAUCUGAUUAAUGUCACUUAUUUGUGUUUUUGUCUUGUUGACAUAGUGUCAUCAAUUUUUGUAACUUCUUGCCUAUGUAACAAAAUAUGUUUUGGGCUGAUUUCUUUAAUUCAGUGGUGCAAAUGAAAUUUCUCACUGUUCUUCUUGUGUACUACUGUUGUGUAAUCCUACUACUGUUCCUUUGUUGUAAGAAGCAUGUUUUGCCAGUGAAA